AUGGCUCUCAGACAAUUUCGUUGGUCAUAUUACCGAGAAGAGACUCUCUGGAAUCAAGUACAAGCACAUGCAUCUUUGACCGCCGGACUUCGCCCGACGAACCACGCUCGCGGAAGUCUUAAUACAGUCCUUCAUAGCGGUAUCUGGGACAAAGUUGGCCAAGUCCUCGAACGCAGCGAAGAGGAGUGUGGCUGCGCAGCAUGGGCGUUUGUUUGCGGUCGUUACUUUGCGAAGCUGGUCAAGGUCGACGCGUAUCCCCCCAACAUGAUUUUCCCGAAGAGUAGCAUCAACAUUAUACUCUCUCAUCUGGAAGACUUCAAGCUUGGCGGCAGUUGCCGUCUCCACUCAUUCGACAGGACGCUUGCAUCGAGCAUGCGAUUGAUCGCACGACGAACAGUUUCGAUGGAUUGUGCAUCAACGGCAUGGAGAUCAGCCGAACGAAUCGUGACGGAGAUUUCGAUCAUUGGAAGCAGCUCGGUAGCGAUGCACAUGGAAGGUUUGACCGCCAAUGCCGGGUUCGCCAUGUUCAGAAGACAUGACAAAUCAGCUGGUGUGGACGAGACGAGCAUAGACGAAAGCUAA